AUGAGUAUUCAAGAUAAUCUUGACUUCAAUAGGUAUGCCAGUAUGGCUGAGAAAUACCUCAAUCCGAGUUCUGCAGGCGCGGGAGUGCCAGCUUUAACAGCGACCGUUAGUGUCGUCUUGACGAUUUUUUAUAUCGCGUCGUUAUUUAACGAUAACUUGGUUGAGAAGAUGUGUCUUUUCCCAGAUGCUUUGUUCAGCCUUCCUGAGUUUCCAAGACUCAACACUUAUCCAUUGGUUCACGCUGGCUUCUUACACAUUUUUUUUAACUUGGUGUCCUUAUGGGCUCCAAUGGCGCAGUUUGAAACCUUGAAUGGUACUUUCCAUACAGCUUUGGUGUUGAGUGCUCUAUCCUUAGUUACUGCUAUUUCAUACUGUCUCUUAGGUUUCUACUUCUUCCCUGAUACUUCUGUUCUAGGUUGCUCUGGCUGGGUUUUUUCAUUUAUCGCCUAUUUCUCGUAUGUGAAUUCAUUGCAGCAUAAAACCAUUCGAUUUUUUGGACGCUUUGACAUUCCUACUAUUACUGUUCCAUUUGUGUUUCUAGGUUUCGUGUUUUUGAUGGUUCCCAACUCCAGUUUUGUUGGCCAUCUCUUAGGUAUUAUAGCCGGUUUUGUUAUGGCUAAAGGCUUUUUAGUUCCUCUUACUGUUCUUCCAAUGGAUCUCAUCAGUAAGGUUGAAGUGGCAGCCCAUAAACUCAUCGAAUUGAUUCCUCAUCAAUUACAUUAUAUCCGAGAAUCUGACGUGAAGAACGGCAGAUAUAAAUACGAUAACUUGUCGUUACCAUUGUACACUACAGAUGCAGCAGUCCCUAUGGCUAGUGGAGAUGCUCGAGUGAUUGGUGAGGCUGCCGAGGCCGGUGAAGCGGGUUCCCCAGAAACAUUCAAGGGUCCGGGCCAUGUAUUGGGAACCAGCUCGUGA